AUGGACUUCUUCAUCCUCCUUUCAUCAGCGUCAGGCCUUGCCGGAAAAAAGGGCCAAGCGAACUACGACGCAGGGAACACAUAUGAAGAUGCCUUUGCGCGAUACCGCCCAUCACAAGGUGAAAAGACGAUUGCGAUCGACCUGGGGGCGCUGGUCGACGAUGGGAUCCUAGCAAAAGACCCCAACCUCCUCCGCCGCGUGCUCGCCUACGGGGCCCUGGAGCCAAUUACCCGGGCAAGAUAUCACGGCAUGCUGGACUACUACUGCAACCCGGCACUGCCCGUACAAGCACCGCACCAGUGUCAGAUCUGCAUUGGCCUAGGAGUAGGCGGCGGCGGUGGCGAUGGACUUGAGAGCAUCAGCUACAGCCGGCAGCCCAUGCUGCAGCCGCUGAUGCUCGCUGGCAAGCGGCGACAGGCGGCGGUUGCUGCUGGUGGGAUGAGAAGCAGCGAGCACGUUGCGACGAACAGCGAGCGGCUGGCGGCAGCGACAUCGUCCGAGCAAGCGGUGGAAAUUGUGGCCGGGGCAAUCAUUCAGAAGCUAGCCAAGUCCCUGACAAGCAUGCAGGAUAGCACAGACUGUUGA